CAAACAGGUGAAGACUUGGAUGAAGAGAGAUCUUCGUCUGCUCCACCUGCUACUGACAGUCUACUUAACUGGCUACUUGUAGCCUGCUCAUCUAGUGAUUUACUGACCUGCUGAGCUACUAACUUGUCUGAACCCUCCUCCCUCCCUUCUUGUACUUGAUCUGAUCCGGGUACUCUCCCUGACCCCCUUCUUCUCCUGCCACACCCCCCUCCCCAAUCCCAUCCCUAUUUAAACCCCGCCCCCCCACCUCACCCCCUUUCCCACCCCGUCCCUUCCCCUCCCACCCCCACCACCUCCUCACCCCCAUCUGCACCUCCUCUCUGGUGCCCAGGCGCCCCCUGAAAGGACCAGAAUAUGACGGUUCGGAAGCUAUUUUUCUAUAUCCUCUUACUCGGGUAUGCCGGUUACCCCAAGACAAAUCUUGUCCAUAUUUUGGCUGACCAUUUCCGUCUUGGCUCUCGUGUCUUCGGAACUCUGUGGAAGCUUGCCGUUAUUACUGCCACCGUUGCAAUUUGUGCAUGUCUUAUUUACCUCUGGAGAGUUGUCCUUGCUACAGAGCCUCCAGUAUAUCCAGUUAAUGUACAGCCAAAAACUGCAAAGAGCAACACGUUGGAGAAAGAAAACACAGAGCUGGCUGAAGCAAUAUCCAUGUGGGAACAGAAGAUACAUCUUCAAGAAGCUAAGAGAGAAAGUAACAUUCACUCUGCUGAAGCUCUUAAGUUGAAAUCAGAAGAUGCAAACGGUCAAUUGGAGGAACUGAGAGCCUGGAGGUCCAAUAUAUGUGAACUGGAAGCAAUGAAAAAGGACCUGGAAGACAUUCAUAAUGCUUUGAGUUCUACUAAAGCAAUCAGGGAAGAAACAGCCAAAAGGCUGAAGGAGAGAGGAGACGUCCCUGAUAAAUUCUAUGAAGAAAGAAAAAUGGCUACAGCAAAGAAUCUGGAUAUGACAAACUGUGAACUAGUGGCAAUGAAGAAUCAGAUGGCAACUGCAGAGGAAAAUCUGAAAAUAGCUACAAGGGACAUAGAUAAGUGCAAACAGGAAAUUGAACAAACACGAGAAGAGCUGCAGAAGGCAGAAUUCACCUUCACACACCAGAUCGCAGUUAAUGAGAAGAAUGCUCAGGACAACUGGAUCAAGACUCGGAUCUGGGAGAGGAAAAUGGCGGAGCAGAGCCGAGAGGUCACCCGCUUGAAACACAGACUGGAUGUGAUGGAAGGAAAGAGGCUGCUUGAGGGAUACAGGAGGUGGAGACCAAUGCCUGGAAGUCCAGAGAUGCAGAACCCUGCGAGGAGAGAGCCUUUAGUCGAAGCUGAUGGCACUCCCAUGAGUCACAACUACAAGCAGUCUACCAACAAUGCCGAGAAGGACAAGGGCAGUGUGGAUCCGUGGCGACCUCCUCCAUCAACUGGAAGAUUCUGCACACCCUACUAUAGAGGCCACCCUUUGAUCUGGGCACAUCCACCUCCUGUACCAGGUUCGGGACCACCCCAAACCCCUCCACCUGCACCACUUGGGCCUUUUUCAGAUCCACAUGUUGCUUCUGUGAGUAACAACAACACUGACUGUACCAAGAGGAUCACGGAGGACAAGGGCAGUGUGGAUCCGUGGCGACCUCCUCCAUCAACUGGAAGAUUCUGCACACCCUACUAUAGAGGCCACCCUUUGAUCUGGGCACAUCCACCUCCUGUACCAGGUUCGGGACCACCCCAAACCCCUCCACCUGCACCACUUGGGCCUUUUUCAGAUCCACAUGUUGCUUCUGUGAGUAACAACAACACUGACUGUACCAAGAGGAUCACGGAGGACAAGGGCAGUGUGGAUCCGUGGCGACCUCCUCCAUCAACUGGAAGAUUCUGCACACCCUACUAUAGAGGCCACCCUUUGAUCUGGGCACAUCCACCUCCUGUACCAGGUUCGGGACCACCCCAAACCCCUCCACCUGCACCACUUGGGCCUUUUUCAGAUCCACAUGUUGCUUCUGUGAGUAACAACAACACUGACUGUACCAAGAGGAUCACGGAGGACAAGGGCAGUGUGGAUCCGUGGCGACCUCCUCCAUCAACUGGAAGAUUCUGCACACCCUACUAUAGAGGCCACCCUUUGAUCUGGGCACAUCCACCUCCUGUACCAGGUUCGGGACCACCCCAAACCCCUCCACCUGCACCACUUGGGCCUUUUUCAGAUCCACAUGUUGCUUCUGUGAGUAACAACAACACUGACUGUACCAAGAGGAUCACGGAGGACAAGGGCAGUGUGGAUCCGUGGCGACCUCCUCCAUCAACUGGAAGAUUCUGCACACCCUACUAUAGAGGCCACCCUUUGAUCUGGGCACAUCCACCUCCUGUACCAGGUUCGGGACCACCCCAAACCCCUCCACCUGCACCACUUGGGCCUUUUUCAGAUCCACAUGUUGCUUCUGUGAGUAACAACAACACUGACUGUACCAAGAGGAUCACGGAGGACAAGGGCAGUGUGGAUCCGUGGCGACCUCCUCCAUCAACUGGAAGAUUCUGCACACCCUACUAUAGAGGCCACCCUUUGAUCUGGGCACAUCCACCUCCUGUACCAGGUUCGGGACCACCCCAAACCCCUCCACCUGCACCACUUGGGCCUUUUUCAGAUCCACAUGUUGCUUCUGUGAGUAACAACAACACUGACUGUACCAAGAGGAUCACGGAGGACAAGGGCAGUGUGGAUCCGUGGCGACCUCCUCCCUCAACUGGAAGAUUCUGCACACCCUACUAUAGAGGCCACCCUUUGAUCUGGGCACAUCCACCUCCUGUACCAGGUUCGGGACCACCCCAAACCCCUCCACCUGCACCACUUGGGCCUUUUUCAGAUCCACAUGUUGCUUCUGUGAGUAACAACAACACUGACUGUACCAAGAGGAUCACGGAGGACAAGGGCAGUGUGGAUCCGUGGCGACCUCCUCCCUCAACUGGAAGAUUCUGCACACCCUACUAUAGAGGCCACCCUUUGAUCUGGGCACAUCCACCUCCUGUACCAGGUUCGGGACCACCCCAAACCCCUCCACCUGCACCACUUGGGCCUUUUUCAGAUCCACAUGUUGCUUCUGUGAGUAACAACAACACUGACUCUACCAAAAGGACCACGAAGGACAAGGCCAUUAUGUAUGCAAGAGGGCCUGGUCCUUCCCCAGGAUCACCUUGCAGGCUGUCCCCCAUGGACCACCCUUCACCACCAGUCACGGGCGAUGGGCCACCUCCACCUCCUCCACCAGCUCCUCCACGUACUAAAUUUGGUUUGCGUCUCCGAAAGUUCCCUCGCAAUCUCCUGAGGUUUUGCCUGUGUUCCUGCUGUGUCAGCUCUAACACCAGCUCUCGGCGGUCAUCUCAGAGCCUCAGGAGAAUGCGAACUUCGUGGACCCUGAACUAUGACCAAUAGGCUGUGGUGAUGUGAUAUAUUUAGAAAAGUUGUCUGGAGGACCUACGGUCAUUCUGUGUUGAUGUACACAGUGUGACCCCUGUACACACGGUCACAAACAGGGAGAAUCUACAGUAAUAGGGGCAGAAGAUAAGUGACUGUUUGAAUUGUAUUGACUGCACAUGUCCCGCUGGUUCCUUCUGGGGUGGUGGCCACAAGCUUCCUCCAGAUCUGGUGACAGUUGUGUUCACUCGUCAAUAGAUCCUCGCAAGCACGUGGCACUUCCUACUCACCGUGGUGUGUGGUGAUCAGCAGGGCAGCUAUCAGCCCCCAGGACAUGGCUGAUUCGUGAUUGCAAGACAUGGAUGAGGGGUCAGCAGUGUCUCGGGUAGAACAGUGAGGAAACCCUGCAUGAAUCCACACGUUGUGGAUUUCCCCACGUACCAGCUACCUCACGGUAGCACCAAUCCAGGUGGGAGCUGAGGUAGACUCAUGGUAGCAGUUGUGGGUGUGAGUCUUAUAAUGGCCCAUAUUCCUCUCAGUGUUUUCUGUUUUUAUCUUUUAUUUUGAUGCAAUGUUUAUUUUUGAGUGAGAGAGAGACAGAGCACAAUUGAGAGAGGGGCAGAGAGAGAGGGAGACACAGAAUCCAAAGCAGGCUCCAGGCU